AUGGCACAAAAACUAAAGCUUUAUGAAGCGCAAAAAAAGCUUGGAGAAGAAAUAAUAACUGCAGUAGAAAAAAUUAAAGAAAAGGGACUACGUAAGACAGCCGAUAAAAUAGAAAAAGUGGAAAAGAACUGGAAAAAAUUUCAGGUAAACCACGAAGAACUACUAAAAGAAGGCGCAGAAACAGAUGAGUACUUUAAAGAAUGUUGGUUCGAUACAAUCCAAAAAUAUUAUAAAAAGAUGUUAGAAACCGAUAAUACCACUGAAACAACGGAAAAAGUCAACAAAGAAGAAAGUGAAGCAGAUAAAAUAUCAGAAGACAAUGAUAUAACUAUAGUUGACACUAAAAAAGAGGUUCAAAAAAUCAGUAAAUUAGAAACCAGGUUAAUGAGGCUGAUUGAAGACUUGCAAGAAGAUUUAGAUGCAAUGUUAGAAAUUCAUUACAACAACGAACUUCAAAAAGCUGGACAAAGAAAGCUUAACGAGUUAGGUGCCAAAAAUCCAACUGAAAUACAAAGCUUAGAUGAGGUACAAAAAUUUUUAGAACAUCAAUUUCAAGCGCUAGAUGCUAUGAAAAAUAAAGAAACAGACGAUAGAAAGAUAAAUUAUCCGAAGAAAAUAUGUGCGUACUGUAAUAAGGCGGGACAUACAACAAACGAAUGCAGAAAAUUUUCAGCAAUAUCAAAUAUUGAAAGACGAUUACCAGUAAAUCAGCAAAUAAAUACAUCUAUAAACUUUAGCUGUUCAUUUUGUAGAAAACAGGGCCACAAAAUAUACAGCUGCUCAUCAUUUAGUUCAUUGCCUAUCAGCAAUAAAAGAGCAUUUCUAAACGCUAACGACACGUGUAAAAUUUGCCUGAGCCAUAAAAAUCAAGACAAAUGCAUAUCAAAGUACACAUGUAAGAUAUGUAAUAGUAGAGAUCAUCAUACCUUGCUACAUAAUGAGCAUCAACAAGAAAAAAAGGAUAAAUCAACAAAAACUAAAGUGAUCGCAGUAACAAAAAAAGAUGAAAGCGAAGUAGUAUUACUACCAACAGCAAUAGUUAAAGGGAAAACAAUUAGAGGAGAAUAUAAAGAACUACAUGCGCUUAUAGACCAAGGAUCUCAAGCAUCAAUGAUAUCAGAAGAAGCUGUUCAUAUCUUAGGUUUACAAAAAGUAAAAACCGAUAUUAAAUUAACGGGGCUUGCUGAAACUUCAGUUGGGCAAGCAAAUUCAAAGGUCAUAAUGGAAAUAAAAUCUAAAAUUAAUAAUACAAAUAUGAAAGAAGAGUUUAUAGUCAUGAACAAGCUAAUUAGACCAUUGCCAGAAAAGACCAUUGACUACAAUAAGACCAUUGACUACAAUAAGAAUCAGUGGAAAAGCUACAACUUAGCAGAUCCUGAAUUCAUGAAAACAAAACAAAUCGACUUAAUAAUAGGCAGUGACAUUAUCCCGAAAAUAAUAAAGAAAGGGUUCAAGAAAAUUAAUGGAAUUAUCGCCCAAGAAACAAUAUUUGGAUGGAUAAUAUCAGGCAAAGUAUUAAAGAAACCAGCAAAAAGAAGUAAAGUAACAAUUACAACAAAAAACAUAGAAAAGUUUUGGGAACUAGAAGAAGCAGAUAACACAAUCAAUGAAAAAACAGCAGAAGAUGAAAUAUGUAUGCAAUUUUAUGAUGACACCACUAAAAUAGACGGCGACAAAAAAUUUAUAGUGAAACUUCCAUUAAAAAAAGAUGCCACACUAGGUGAAUCUAGAAAUCAAGCAAUGGCAAGAUUCCUAAACCAAGAGAAAAAAAUGAGUAAUGAGAAAAGAACUGAAUACAUAAAAUUCAUGCAAGAAUAUGAGCAGAAAGGACAUAUGGAAAAAGUAAAAGAUAAUACAAUAGGAAAAUAUUACCUAUCGCAUCAAGCAGUGAUAAGAGAAUCAAGUCGCACUACAAAACUAAGAGUAGUAUUCGAUGCAUCAGCAAAAUCGACAAAUGGAAAAAGCUUGAACGACAUAAUGAUGACGGGGCCAAGAUUACAGCAGGAUAUAUUUGAUAUAUUAAUGAAAUGGCGAUUAUGGAAAUUCGUCGCUUCAGCCGAUGUAGAAAAAAUGUUCAGGCAAAUAAAAAUUGCACGAAAAGACCAAGAUUAUCAAAGAAUUUUAUGGAGAGAAAAUGCGAGGGAAAAAAUUAUGGAAUAUAAAUUAACAACAGUUACAUAUGGAACCGCAGCUGCACCUUUUCUAGCAGUACGAACAUUACAUCAAAUUGCUGAUGAAUCAGAAGAAAAUAAAGAUAUAAAAAAUAGCAUAAACAAAGAAUUCUACAUGGAUGACUUAAUGACAGGAGCUAAUUCAAUAUCAGAAUGUAGGCAUAAAAUAAAUAAAAUUAAUAAAACUUUAAGUCUUAGAGGAUUCCAGCUCAGGAAAUGGAUGUCAAAUCAUGAAUCUAUACUGGAAGAACUACCAGAUGACAACGAGAUAAAAAUACUAAAUAUACAUGAAGAUGAAUCAGUAAAAACCUUAGGACUUAAAUGGAAUCCAAUAAAAGAUAACUUCCACUUUACUAUAAAAAUGGAAAAUAUAAAUAAAUGGACGAAAAGAAUGAUACUUUCAAACACAGCGCAUAUUUUCGAUCCAUUAGAUAAAAUAAAAAUACCAAGAUGGAUAGGAACUACAAAUUCAAAAACUUGGGAAUUUCACGGAUUCUGCGACGCAUCAGAAGCAGCAUACGCAGCUGUCAUAUACGUAAAAAUUGGUUCAUCUGUAAAAUUACUAACAGCUAAAAGCAAAGUAUCGCCGAUAAAAAGCAAAAAGACAAUUCCAAAAUUAGAGCUAUGUGGUUCGCAUUUACUUGCAAAAUUAAUGAGACGAGUUUCACAAAUAUUGAAUAAUAACGCCACGAUAUACUGUUGGAGUGACUCAAUGAUUACCCUAUGCUGGAUUAAAAAUAUUAAAAAUAAAGAAAAAUUUGUAAGAACAAGAGUUGAAGAUAUAAAAAAAUGGAUACCAAAAACAAAAUGGCAACAUGUAAAGUCACAAGAAAAUCCAGCAGAUAUAGCUUCCAGAGGAAUAUGUCCUUCUAAAUUAAAAUAUAAUCCAUUAUGGUGGAACGGACCCUCAUGGCUAACAAAAGAAGAAAAAGAUUGGCCAAAACCUGAAAAAAUAGAAGAAGUGAAAAUACUGACAACAGUUAGAAGCCAAAAUAACGAAAUAAUAGAACAACUUAUGGAAACAAACUCCAGUCUAACUAGAACCUGUCCUAUAGAAGGCAAUUUAGCACCAGAAUCGCUCACUGCAACUGGGUCAAGCAUCUGA